UCCUGUGCAAUGGGUCGGGGACACUGAGGGCCGCUGGGGCCGAGCGUGGAGGUGGGACCGAGCCAGUGCCUUGCCCUCGCGCCGAGCCAACAUGCCCCGCGGCUUCCUGGUGAAGCGCAGCAAGAAGUCCACGCCCGUGUCCUACCGGGUCCGCGGCUGCGAGGACGGCGAUCGCGCGCUGCUGCUCUCGCCAGGCUGUGGGGGCGCCCGUGCCGAGCCCCCGGUGCCAAGCCCCGGGCCGGGCCCGCUGCCUCCGCCACCGCCACCCACCGAGCGCGCCCAUGCGGCGCUCGCCGCCGCUCUCGCCUGCGCGCCGGGCCCGCCGCCACCCCCGCCUGGCCCGCGGGCCGCGCACUUCGGAAACCCCGAGGCCGCGCACCCGGCGCCGCUCUACAGCCCCACGAGGCCGGUGAGCCGCGAGCACGAGAAGCACAAGUACUUCGAGCGCAGCUUCAACCUUGGCUCGCCGGUCUCUGCGGAGUCCUUCCCCACGCCUACCGCGCUGCUCGGAGGGGUAGGCGGUGGCGGCGCGAACGGCGCGGGAGGUGGCGGCACCUGCGGCGGCGAUGCGCUCCUCUUCGCGCCAGCCGAGCUCAAGAUGGGCACGGCUUUCUCGGCAGGUGCGGAGGCGGCUCGGGGCCCGGGCCCCGCCCCGUUGCCCCCCUCUGCCGCCCUGCGACCUCCGGGCAAGCGACCUGCGCCCCCCGCCGCCGUCGCCACGGAACCGCCAGCCAAGGCAGCCAAGGCCCCAGGAGCCAAGAAACCCAAGGCCAUUCGUAAGCUUCACUUCGAGGACGAGGUGACCACUUCGCCGGUGCUGGGUCUCAAGAUCAAGGAGGGUCCAGUGGAGGCACCGCGGGGUCGUGCGGGAGGCGCGGCACGGCCCCUGGGCGAGUUCAUCUGCCAGCUGUGCAAAGAGGAGUACGCCGACCCGUUCGCGCUGGCGCAGCACAAGUGCUCGCGCAUCGUGCGCGUGGAGUACCGCUGCCCCGAGUGCGCCAAGGUCUUCAGCUGCCCGGCCAACCUGGCCUCACACCGCCGCUGGCACAAACCGAGGCCAGCGCCUGCUACCACCCGAGCGCCAGAACCCGAAGCUACGGCCAGGGCUGAAACGCGGGAGGCUAACGGCGGCGGCAGCGACCGGGACACGCCUAGCCCGGGCGGCGUUUCCGAGUCGGGCUCCGAGGACGGGCUCUACGAGUGCCACCACUGCUCCAAGAAGUUCCGCCGCCAGGCCUAUCUACGCAAGCACCUGCUGGCGCACCACCAGGCGCUGCAGGCCAAGAGCGCACCGCCAGCGCCCCCGGCUGAGGACCUACUGGCCUUGUACCCGGGGCCGGAGGAGAAGGCUCCCCAGGAGGCAGCAGGCGAUGGCGAGGCAGCCAGCGUGCUGGGCCUGAGUGCAUCCGCCGAGUGCCACCUGUGCCCAGUGUGCGGGGAGACCUUCCCCAGCAAAGGCGCCCAGGAGCGCCACCUGCGCCUGCUGCACGCUGCCCAGGUGUUCCCCUGCAAGUACUGCCCGGCCACCUUCUACAGUUCGCCGGGCCUUACGCGGCACAUCAACAAGUGCCACCCUUCCGAGAACAGACAGGUGAUUCUCCUGCAGGUGCCGGUGCGUCCAGCCUGCUAGAGCGCGUCCUCCAUCCUGGCCCCCAGAACUGUGCCUUUGCUUGGAGACCCACAAAAGAGAGCGCACCCUGCACACCCAGACCCAGUGUCUGCGCUGGGGGCGCCCUCACCCCCGGGUGAAAGUGUCGUCUUCGCUUCCCUCGGUGUGGCGUGACGGUAACCCCGGUCCUCUCGUUGUGACUCCUUUUGGACCCCUUCCCCCGACUUUACGUUGUAUCCCCCCCCCCCACCCUCAAGGCGCAACAGGAGUCAAUCUCUGUACAAGGGAGAAAAGCUGUACGCGUUUGUCUUGUGGUUGGAAGCCUCCGCUUGGAGGAGGUGAAGCUGUUUUUCUUGCUAGUAUUCUGUGUUCAUGGUCUAGAAAUGCAGUUUGCUCUCGCCUACCAAUCUCUGCUCUCUAUGUAUGUAGCGUACGGGUUGUUUUGGGUGAAUCUUGAGGAAUAAAUGCCUUUAUAUUUCACAGGCUGUAAAUUGAACUUCCCACACGAUUAGCUUUAUUAUGGCUUGUGAACUGCUGGAGUCUGGCUUUACCUUUUUGUAUGUGAACAAAUCAAAUUGCUUAAAAAGAGUUUUCUUUAGUAUAGCCACAAAUGCCUUGAACCAUUGUCUGUUUGGGAUUGUUUUGAGGGGGAGGGAAGGGAAUUUUCACAAGAUGCUGUAGUAACUGCCUCAAUAUUUCACGUGAGACUUUUUGGUUUGAUCAUCUUUGUUGAGGUAGGACUUUGAGUUCCCUCUAAAUGUAUAUGUUGAUUUAUGAGUAAUUGUUAUUUAUUCUUUAUUUAUUUAUAUUAUGAAGAUUAUGAUAUUAUUUGGUUGCAGAUUCUUUUUUGGGGGGUGUGCUUUUUCCCCCUGCCACUCUUGACAUUUCACUGUGCAUUUUAGAAGAGAGCCUCUUUUCUAAAGGGAUCUGCUAAAAGUUUUAACUUUUAUACCUAUCUGAGGGAAUUACAGACAACCUACCACUUUAUUCUGCUUGGAGGGCCCCUGAGGCCCUUGUACAACUGACAGCUCUUACUUUUAAAUGCAAUCUCUUUUCUACAUACAUUAUUUUCUUAAUUGUUAGCUAUUUAUAGAAAGCUUCAAUAGAACUGUUUCAACUGUAUAAAU